GUUAGCCUGCUCGCUAAUAAUACAAAGACUCCAGUGCGAGGGCCUUCGCAGUGCUUUUUAUUUAGACUUUAUGACUUCAGUGAGCUGUUAAGUCAGCUGGGUGCCGUCACUCUGGAGCGACUUUGUUACAGGCCCAGAGCCGCCGCCCACCCCGAGGGUCCAUUUUCCGCCGCAGCCCCGGCGGCCUUCGCCGCGCAGCCUCCGCCCGCCAGGGGGCGCACGCGGCCUCUCCGCCGCCUCUCCGCCGCCUCUCUGCUCCUCUGUGCGGGCCGAGGAGCGGCCGGAGCCGGGCGGGUAGGGCGGCGCUGGGCUGUGGGGUCGGAGGCCGCGUCCGUCGGGCUGAGGGAGGAGCGGCGGCCGUCGGUGUGUCCGUGCGCGGGCGGCGGGAGCGUUCAUUUCUGAAUACAUGUGACCUUGAAGUCCUCAUCUGCAGCCUGGGGACCUGUGACACCCAGUCAUCCACAGAGUGAACUGCUAGUGGCUCUGCUAAGGAUUCAGGUUUGUCAUCUAUUCCAGAGACAGCCAGAACCAUGUCCUACGUUUUUGUAAAUGAUUCUUCCCAGACAAACGUGCCGCUGCUGCAGGCUUGCAUUGAUGGAGAUUUUAACUAUUCCAAACGCCUGUUAGAGAGUGGUUUUGACCCAAAUAUCCGUGACAGCCGGGGCCGAACUGGCCUCCAUCUUGCUGCAGCCAGAGGAAAUGUAGACAUCUGUCAACUCUUGCACAAAUUUGGUGCUGACCUACUAGCCACUGAUUAUCAAGGUAAUACAGCCCUUCACCUGUGUGGGCAUGUGGAUACCAUCCAGUUCCUAGUUUCUAAUGGACUUAAAAUUGAUAUUUGCAAUCACCAAGGUGCAACACCACUUGUUCUUGCAAAACGAAGGGGUGUAAAUAAAGAUGUGAUCAGACUGCUGGAAUCUUUGGAGGAGCAAGAGGUGAAAGGAUUUAACAGAGGAGCCCACUCAAAGCUGGAAACAAUGCAAACUGCUGAAAGUGAAAGCAAUGAAGAAGAAAGGCCUGCAUGCACUCUGCACGUCACAGGCUGUGUAGUUUCAGAAAGACUGAUGUGCAUGAGAUUAUAAUCACAGAGUCUUCCAGAGACCUUGCAAGUACUGGGUUAGAGAGAGGAAAUGACUCCUGUUCUAGCUGAUGGCAGUGCAGUUUUUAUGCAUUAUCCCAAAUGCCUCUGUCAGUGGAUGUAUGCAGUGUGCUUCUAGAGUUAUGCAACAUAAAUGCCAUGGAUCAAAGUAAUUUUUGUUGAGCUUUUGGAUCGUAAAAUAAAGUGUAAUAGUAAGAAUUCCUGUGGCCCCAUUGUAAUAUAUCUCCUUAACUCCUAAGCAGCAGAACUGAGUCCUAUACUACAGAACUGGCUGAAGUAUUCAAGCCUUAACUGGACAAGGUCCUGAGGCACCUGAUUUCAAUUGGACUUGCUUAGAGUGGGAGGAGGGAUGAAAAUAUUUCCAAGGUCUCUUCCAAACUAAAAAAUUCUGAUUCUAAGGGGAAGGGCUGCUAAGGAAAAGUUCAGCCCUGCUGCAAGUUAUUGUUGCUGAUAUGAAACCAACCUGCCAAUUGAGAGGGAUGUGAAAUGCUUUUCAUGCCAUCCCAUGUAAACAGUAAGGAUUUUACAAUUUUUAUGUUUUUUUAGUAGGCCAACAACAAGGCCUUUCUAGGUUUUGUCUGGCUUGGCUUCUGUUUUUCUGAACAGUCAUGAGAAAAGAUCAGCUAUUUGUCUGGUUAUCAAAUAUUGAACCUGAACCUGGAACUAUUCCAUCUAAGAAGGGUGCCCUGAUCUUCAGACCAGAAAGAGCUAGCCUGUCCCCACUUUCCUUGGCAUAGCAUAUACUUUAUCAGGAAAAAGUAGCGCCAAAAAGGGAAAUAAGACAUUUCUGUGGGAAGAUAAUUUAGUUAGAAUAGUCUGACCAAGUCUAUGUGGUCCCCACAGUGCAGAACCACAUCACAAUUUUAGAACAAAAAGUAAAGAAAAAACUCACUCAAAUUGCAACUGCUGUAUUUCUGAAAAAGAAGGAAUUUCUGAAGAUAGAGAACUAAUUACUGGGGUCAGAAGUUGACUACUAUCUUAACACCUUUGAAAUGGGAAAUAUUUCCCUAGACAGAUUAUGAUCAUAGAUGGUAGAGCUUUGCUUUUGUGUCUCCUGCAGAAAUGAUGCAUUUGAUCCAGGAACCAGUGACUUUCCACAGUAACAAGCAAGAAUGAGACUUCAGGCUUUCAGCUCAUGUGGUCCUCAGGCAUUUUGUGACUGUAUGCUUUAAUAUGAGGCAAGAGAGGCAGUGAUAGCUACAAUUUUGGAGUAGACUGUGAGCAGCUAACAAGAACAACGUUAUUUCACUGAUAUCAUGACACUUAUCUUCUUUGUACCACUCAAAGCAUGCAAAGAGAUGUCCUAAAUAAUCCUACUGGUUCUUCAACACCCCUUUUGCCAGAAACAGCUAAAAAAUGCUCUCAACUGCAUAAUACUGUCUAGGACUUCUUCCUGUAAGCCAAGCCUGAAUAAGCAAGUCGGAGUAAAAAACUGGCUCUGGUCAUUCUUACUGCCUCUCCUUCACUUGAAUCUAGACUGCAUUCAGCUGCAAAUUUAAUAUUUUCUUUCCAUUUUAAUAUUCCGUUGCAGUCAUGAACUCUUCAAGGCAGGUGUUGCUUCUGGCUGAGAGACCAGCACCUACCAUAGCAGGUUCCUGGCCACUGGGCACUACCACAUAGAGUAAUACACACCACCAGACAUCCAGAUGUGGGCACAGCCAUACUGUGAAUAAUGGUGAUAACAAAAUGAGAACGGGAGGAAAAAUUAUUUUAAUGCUGCAAGUAAUCAUAGUGAACGUAGAGAUAAUGUGUGGAACAGUAAAAGCUACACUACCUUGCUGUCUGUUAGCUGUCACUGUGAAGCCAUGUUGUCUUGAAUGUUACCAAUACUUUUUAUCCAGUUAGCAAAUUGCUGGGUGAACACAGGUUAUGCUGAAAGAACCUUGGCUGAAGCCACUCCUUUCUCUAUCAACCAGCUGCAGAAAGAGCCAGCACAGAUUGGCUAACUGCCUUCUACAUAAUCUCUGCUGUUAAAAUGUCACUGGAAGGACAAAUAGACUGACUUGUAGCUGGUUGCUAUUUGGGUGAGGCCAGAAGCUGCCCUUUGUCAUCAGAGGCACAUUUGGGAUUUUCCAAAGAAUUUAAGAACGCUUGGCUUCCUGCAACCGUCUUGGGAACCUGGCUGCAACAUAUGUGAGGUUCUUCAUUCUGGUCCUGUUCCAACAUGGACUUGAGACUGCAGGGCUGAAGCACAGAAGACCCUGAAGCCGUGGCUCUGUACGAGAACUCCUUACAGCCUUCCACUUAACUCCACCAAAAUCCACAGAGAAAUGAUUGUUUGCUGAGCUUGUGAACUCUCAGACCAUGAGAGGGAGCUUUUAAAAUGUUCCCCGUGCCUUUUUUUCUUCUCAGGCUCACCAUGGCUCUACCCCAGCCACAUGGCACAGGUGAUGGGCAGGCUCAUCUUUCACCCCCUCUGCCCUUGCUGCUUGUUUAAAGAGACCAAUGCUGGCGGCCUGCAGCAAUGCAGCUAUUGGAUUUUGGAGCUGGUCUUCUCUGGUGCUUGUGUUCUGAGAGCACAGCCCAUGCUCUAAGGAGCCUGCUCCAGACCCGCCUGGUGACAGGACAGGCUCAGCCAAAGGGGUCUCGCUGAGAGCUUUCCACCCCCUCACUAUCUGUGUUUCCUCAUUCUCAUUUUAUAAAUCUUCAGACUUCGAAGGAGAGUUUAUACACAGUGUAGGGAGUGUCAGUUGUUACACUGUAAGCCUUAAUAAAUACUAUUAUCUCAUGGUGA